ACACAAGUGAAACACCAUGAAUAUAACGUAUCCAGCACUACAAGAUUCAGUGUGUUCUUCCCAUUUAUUGUCUGGACGGAAGUUCGAUGUCUCGAAACUGUCUGGACGAAGAAAAAUUGCUAGUCUGUUGACAGAGUUCAUCCGACAGAAUAAUGUUUCCAAAGUGAAAAAUACGUUGAACAUAUACAACGUGAAACAAAGAUACAUGAUCGUGUCACUGAAAAUAAACGGCUGUCCUUUAAUUUUUACGGCAUCGCAUGCAGGUAACGUAAGUCUUGUCAACUAUUUCCUCGAUCAAUGCGAUGCCAACAUCGAACAACGUGGAACAUAUGUUGGAAUGAAAAGCACACCGCUUUGGAUCGCUGCACUUCGGAAUCAUUUCUACGUGGUGGUUGCAUUGGUCGAACACGGUGCUGAUAUCAACACGCAAGCAAGUUCUGGCAAAAGUGCCGUCAGCAUCAGUUGUCGAAAUGCUAAGAUUGUUAAGUACCUCAUUCAACAAGGUGCCGACAUUGAUUUGCCAGAUGCCAGAGGUCGAACAUCGUUAAUGUAUUCAGCCCCACAUUUGAACAUAUGUCGUCGCUUGUUGUCUCUCGGAGCAAAUGUUAACAGGGUUGACCAUAAGGGGCAGGACGCUCUCCAUUUCGCAAUAAAACGAGGGCAGUUAAAAACAGUUGAUUUAUUUGUUAGACACGGAACUAAUCUUCUGAUGAAAGAUAACAACGGGACAACACCUUUGGAGUUUGCAGCUAUCCAUAACAAACCGGAUAUUUUGGAAUAUCUAAUCUCCACAAAUCAGUACGGUAGAGAAGCCAUAAUAUCGGCUUAUGAACUCUUGGGCAGCCAGUUUGCGAUGGAUUAUCACUUGACCUAUAAUGCAGAACAGGUGAAAAUAUGGUGGUUUAGGGCCAUAGAAAUGCGCCACGGAGACACAACUCAGGCACCAAUCAUGAAGCAUUUAUCUACUAAUCAAAGACUGGUCACUAAUUUAAUCGGGGAAGAAUUUACAAGCUCUGACUUCUUGAAUCAAAUUUUACACGAUGUGAACUCAAUGUGGACCCAAGGUCUACUGGUGCAGUCGCGGAUCCUGGGACCCAGGCAUCCGACUGUGAUCAAAUCAUUCAUGAGAAAAGCGUGUUUUCAUAUUAAUCGUACUGACUUUCAUUCUAGUUUGCAUUUAUUAUACUGUCUCUUGAGUUUCUUCGAACAGUUCACGGACCCAUUACAAAACGAUAUCCUGGAUGUUGUAGGGACGUUCAGUUCCAUCUUAAUGCACACGGUAUUAGCUAAUAAUUCGAGCACUUACUAUAUUUUCCGCAUAUUCCAUUGCUUCGUCAAAUACGUGAGCUAUCAUAUAAUUCCUUACUUGAAGAAAUAUGGUCGGAAUUUAAUGUUUCACCGAAUACCUGAUUUUGAACGGUUUUUAGUUGAAAUUCUCGACUUACUGGAAUUCAUAUUGAACUUUCCGCUGCCCGAUUGUCAAGGAAGCGAGAUCGAAAACAGUCUGGGUGAACUCUUACGCCAUCAUCCACGUGGUAUGAACCAUAUAACGCUGCUACAACUAUCAAUCCGAAUGUAUCGCACUGUCAGUGUAGUUGAAAUGCUUCUGAGAUGCGGAGCAGAUGUGAAUGCCGUUGACAACGAAGGCAACACCGCGAUACAUUACGCCAUUCUGUAUCCUUCACAACACCAAAUAGAAAUAUUGUCCUCUUUACUUCAAUACGGGUGCCAUGUGGAUAUCGUCAACAAUAAUGGCUAUUCUGCACUGGAAUAUCUUCAGCAUUGCAGACUAAUAACCAGCUAUUUGAAAUACUGUACGCUUCAGUGCAUUUGCGCACGAACCAUCCGUGAACACAACGUCAAAUACAAACACAUACUGUCAAAAGAUUUGGCAUAUUUCGUAGAUAAGCAUGGCUAAGUACUACUGUUUAUUGGAUUCAUUUCUAGUAAAUACCAAGAUAAUCAUUCCUUCAAUGUUUUCCAAAUAUUACACGAUUAUGAUUAACUAAAAUGAAAACAACUGUAAAAUAUAACAAUUGAACGGAAGUUCGAUGUCUCGA